UCCGUCAACAGGGACCAGACUCUGCAAGACCUGGACCUGGACCCAGCUGUGUGUCCAUGAAGAGUGACUUGUCUAUAGGUCGUUAUAUUAACUUCAAGGAUGGACAAAAACAUGUUGAACUGAUAGUUGAUCAGCAGAGGACAGAGGUUCUCAGUGGUCAGUCUGUCCAGCAGCGUGGAGCAGACCUGGACUCCAUAUUUAAGCUGCUGGAGGAGAACAUCAUCCGCUUUGUGAAGAACGAGCUGAAGAAGAUCCACAAGGUUCUGGAUACAGAUCACACAGAAGUCUCAGAGAGUCAGAGGGAGGAUGAGGAGCAGAGGAGCAGCAGAGAGGCCUUUCUGAAGAUCACAGAGGACUUCUUAAGGAGGAUGAAGCAGGAGAAGCUAGUAAUCAGAGCUUCAGCUUGUCGACCUGAACUCAAAUCAAACCUGAAGAAGAAGUUCCAGUGUUUGUUUGAGGGCGUGGCUAAAGCAGGAAACUCCACCCUUCUUAAUGAGAUCUUCACAGAGCUUUACAUCACAGAGGGAGAGACUGGAGAGGUCAAUGAAGAACAUGAGGUCAGACAGAUUGAAAAAGCUUCCUGGAAAUCAGACAGACCAGAAACAUCCAUCAGACAAGAAGACAUCUUUAAAGCCUCAGCUGGAAGAGGCGGACCAAUUAGAAGAGUGAUGACAAAGGGCGUGGCUGGCAUUGGGAAAACAGUGUUAACACAGAAGUUCACUCUGGACUGGGCUGAAGACAAAAGCAACCAGGACGUACAGCUCAUGUUUCCCUUCACCUUCAGAGAGCUGAAUGUGCUGAAAGAGAAGAAGUUCAGUUUGGUGGAACUCAUCCAUCACUUCUUCACUGAAACCAAAGAAGCAGGAAUCUGCAGGUUUGAAGACUUUAAGGUGGUAUUCAUCUUUGAUGGUCUGGACGAGUGUCGACUUCCUCUGGACUUCCACAACACUGAGAUCCUGACUGACGUCACAGUGUCCACCUCAGUGGACGUGCUGCUGACAAACCUCAUCAGGGGGAAACUGCUUCCCUCUGCUCGCCUCUGGAUAACCACACGACCUGCAGCAGCCAAUCAGAUCCCUCCUGACUGUGUGGACAUGGUGACAGAGGUCAGAGGGUUCAUGGACCCACAGAAGGAGGACUACUUCAGGAAGAGGUUCAGAGAUGAGGAGCAGGCCAGGAGGAUCAUCUCCCACAUCCAGACAUCACGAAGCCUCCACAUCAUGUGCCACAUCCCAGUCUUCUGCUGGAUCACUGCAACAGUUCUGGAGAACAUGCUGAAAACCAGAGAUGGAGGAGAACUGCCCAAGACCCUGACUGAGAUGUACAUCCACUUCCUAGUGGUUCAGUCCAAAGUGAAGAAGGUCAAAUAUGAUGGAGGAGCUGAGACGGAUCCACACUGGAGUCCAGAGAACAGGAAGAUGAUUAAGUCUCUGGGGAAACUGGCUUUUGAGCAGCUGCAGAAAGGAAACCUGAUCUUCUAUGAAUCAGACCUGACACAGUGUGGCAUCGAUAUCACAGCAGCUUCAGUUUACUCAGGAGUCUUCACUCAGAUCUUUAAAGAGGAGAGAGGCCUGUACCAGUACAAGGUCUUCUGCUUUGUCCAUCUGAGUGUUCAAGAGUUUCUAGCUGCUCUUCAUGUUCAUCUGACCUUCAUCAACUCUGGAACAAAUCUGUUGUCAGAAGAACCAACAACGAGCCAGCAGUCCAUACAAACAAACAAACCUGAACUGAAUCAUCUGCACCAGAGUGCUGUGGACGAGGCCUUACUGAGUCCAAAUGGACACCUGGACUUGUCCCUCCGCUUCCUCCUGGGUCUUUCACUGGAGACCAAUCAGAAGCUCUUAAGAGGUCUACUGACACAAACAGGAAGUGGUUCACAGACCAAUCAGAAAACAGUUGAGUACAUCAAGAAGAAGAUCAGUGAGAAUCUGUCAGCAGAGAGAAGCAUCAACCUGUUCCACUGUCUGAAUGAACUGAACCAUCGUUCUCUUGUGGGGGAGAUCCAAUGGUUCCUGAGAUCAGGACGCUUGUCCACAGAGACACUGUCUCCUGCUCAGUGGUCAGCUCUGGUCUUCAUCUUACUGUCAUCAGGAAAAGAUCUGGAAGAGUUUGACCUGAAGAAAUACUCUGCUUCAGAGGAGGCUCUUCUGAAGCUGCUGCCGGUGGUCAAAGCCUCCAACAAAGCUCUACUGAGUGGCUGUAAACUCUCAGAGAGAAGCUGUGAAGCUCUGUCCUCAGUCCUCAGCUCUGUGUCCUCUAGUCUGAGACACGUGGACCUGAGUAACAACGACCUGCAGGAUCCAGGAGUGAAGCUGCUGUGUGAUGGACUGAAGAGUCCUCACUGUUCUCUGGAGACUCUCAGUCUGUCAGGUUGUCUGGUCUCAGAGGAAGGAUGUUCUUCUCUGACCUCAGCUCUGAACUCCAACCCCUCCCAUCUGAGAGAACUGGACCUGAGCUACAAUCAUCCAGGAGACUCAGGAGAGAAGCUGUUGUCUGCUGGACUGAAGAGUCCUCACUGGAGACUGGACACUCUCAGGAUGGACCAUGCUGGAGAGCAGAGGUUAAAACCUGGUCUCAGGAAGUAUUCAUGUGAACUGGAACUGGACACAAACACAAUGCACAGAAACCUCAAACUGUCUGACGACAACAGGAAAGUGACCUGUGUGACAGAAUAUCAGUCGUAUCCUGAUCAUCCAGACAGAUUUGAGUUCUGGUCUCAGCUGCUGUGUAGACCUGGUCUGACUGGUCGCUGUUACUGGGAGGUCGAGUGGAGAGGAGAUGUUUAUAUAUCACUGAGUUACAGAGGAAUCAAGAGGAAGGGCCACAGUUCUGACUGUGUGUUUGGAGAUAAUGAUCAGUCCUGGAGUCUGAGCUGCUCUGAUGUUCAUCGUAACUCUGUCUGUCACUGUGGGACAGAAACACCCAUCAUGUCCUCUGUCUCUCACAGAGUAUCAGUGUAUGUGGACUGUCCUGCUGGGACUCUGUCCUUCUACAGCGUCUCCUCUGACUCACUGAUCCACCUCCACACCUUCAGGACCACAUUCACUGAACCGGUUUAUCCUGGGUUCCUGGUCGGUCGUGGUUCCUCAGUGUCUCUGUGUCCUCUGUAGGACAUGAAGAGACAGCAGCUUCAGUGGUGGACGAGGUCAAAGCUCGUCUCAGUCAUUCUUUGUUGAAACCAUCAAUAAAUAAAGACUUAAAAAAUCAA